AUGAACCCCACCCAUCGCGACGAGCGCAGGGAGGGAAUGGGCGUCGCUGACAUGCCCGGCGGCUUCGGCAGCGGGGUCGCCCCUCCCAACACUAGUGCCGGCUUCAACACCAACACCAACACGUACAGCUCGACCGACCCGAUGCAGUCUGGCAACCCUGUCACGGGCCAGCACGGUCUCCCCGGCACUGAAGGUCGCCACGCGCCCACCGUCGGCGAAUCCGGGUUCUCUUCCACCGGCUUUACUGGUACCCACGGUGCUACUGGUACCCACGGUGCUACCCACGGUGCUGGCACCGCACUUGGCGCUGGUUCCCUCGGCGCGGGUGCCGGCGGCGUCGCUUCCCACGAGUACAAUCAGCAACACACGGGUGUGGCAGGAUCCCACGCGGCCGGUGUGACGGGAUCCCACAGCCCCGGCACCACCAAGGACAAGAUCAUUGACAAAGUUACCCCCGGCACAAACACGUACGGGACUACCGACCCCACCAACUCUGGCUCGGCUCUUACCGGUCGCCAUGGAGCUCCCGGUUCCGGAGGCCGCACUGGCGGCACGCAUGGCAACGUCGACCUCUCGUCGCUUCCCGCCACAGAGCGCUCUCCAGACGACGGCUCAUCCGCUGCUCAAGCUGUGCGCACUCAGGGCAUGACUGCCGAGGACGCCAAAAUGAAAAUGGCUCUCGACAAGAUGGGUAUCUCCAAGGACGAGUUCCGUCGCGACGACUUCAGCCCAGAGCCGGCCGCUGGUGAAUCCAUCACAGGCACCACCGGUACUGGUGAGACAGGCGACCGCCACCACACAGGUACUGGCGCUGCUGGCGUUGCGGCCGGAGCUGGUACUGCAGGGCUUGCAGCCCAUCACGGCACUCACGGGCCUGGUACCACGAAGGACAAAGCUAUCGACAAGGUCACGCCUGGUACAAACACUUAUGGCUCUACCGACCCUGCCCAUUCUGGCAGCGCUGUCACGGGCAAGCACGGCUUGCCAGGCUCCGAGGGACACACUGGUACUGCUGGUACCGGUAUGAUGGGCGCCCGCGACCCUGGUUACCAGGCUGCUCCUGGCACCGCGGGCCACCACUCUGGCGCCGGUACAGCUCUCGGCGCAGGUGCCCUCGGCGCAGGCGCUGGUGGUGUAGCCGCCCACGAAUACAACACCCACCACAACACCCACCACGGCACUGGCGUUGCUGGCACCCACGGCUCGGGCAUGACUGGCUCGCGCGGGCCCGGUACCACGACGGACAAAGUUAUGGACAAGUUUACACCGGGGACCAACACAUACGGCACCACCGACCCUAUGAACUCGGGUUCGGCCGUCACAGGCAAGCACGGCAUGCCAGGCUCCGAGGGCCACCACUCUGGCGCUGGUACAGCUCUCGGCGCAGGUGCCCUCGGCGCAGGCGCUGGUGGUGUAGCCGCUCAUGAAUACAACACCCACCACAACACCCACCAGGGCGCUGGCGUUACUGGCACCCACGGCUCGGGCAUGACUGGCACGCACGAGCCUGGUACCGCGAAGGACAAAGUUAUGGACAAGGUUACACCGGGAACCAACACAUACGGCACCACCGACCCUAUGAAUUCGGGUUCGGCCGUCACGGGACGUCAUGGCCUUCCUGGCUCCGAGGGCGCCGGCGUCACCAACACUGGUUCCGGCCACAUGACGGACAAGGCCUCGCACGGCACUGACGGUGCUCACACGAGCUCGUCGGGAUCGGGUCCUGGCGGCUUAUUGCACAAGAUCAAGAACGAGGUCGAGGGACUCUUGAGCGGACAUGGCAGCUCUGACAAUGCCAACGUUGGUACGCAUCACACCAAUAACCCCAACCAUCCCAUUUGA